AUGACGUUCUGCCUAGCAGCCCUUGUCCUCCAGCUCCUGUCCCCCUAUGCUGCUGCUGAGCAUGAGACCUGCUUGAAUGGAGGGACACUGAGUGAAGAGGGCUGUAAAUGCCCCCCUGGCUUCGGAGGACAUCAGUGCCAGAACAGGGUUCCGAUCUGCUGGAACAACGGCACCUGGGAUGGGCUCAAGUGUGUGUGCACCAGCCCCUACUAUGGGACGAGUUGUGAGGAGGUGGUCUCAAGCCUUGACAUAGAUUCUCCGCCAGAGACCGUCUCUGCCCAGGUGGAACUGACCGUGACAGUGACCAAUAUAGGGUUCUCUGAAGAGCUAAAAGACUGGUCUUCUCAGGAAUUCCAGGAUUUCAAUGAUACAUUCACAAAACAGAUGGAAAUUGUUUAUUCCGGAAUCCCUGAAUAUGAAGGGGUCAACAUCACAAAGCUGAGUCCUGGCAGUGUGAAGGUGGAGCAUGAUGUCAUCCUGAAGGCCAACUUCACCCCAGAUUACAAGGACGUUUUGGAUAAGGCCAUCCAGGACGUGGAGUCAAAAAUCAAGACUACAACUCAAGAACAAAUAAGCACAAAUAAUACCUGCGAAACCUUACUGUGUUUCAACGAGACUGCCACCAGGGUGCAAAACAUUUCAGUUACCCAGUACGACCCUGAAGAGGAGUGCCGGGAGAAGGCCGGGCAAGACUUCGCUGAGUACUUCUAUGUGGAGUACGACGACAACGGGAAACCAAACUGCAUCAGCCGUUGCGAGCCGAACUUCAACAGGUCCCUCAACUGCAACCACGGGACGUGCCAGCUGGACCGCAGCGGCCCUCGGUGCUACUGCCUGAUCACAGACACUGAAUGGUACAGCGGGGAGACGUGUGAAUUCAGCACCAAGAAGAGCCUGGUGUACGGGCUCCUCGGGGCGGCAGGCGCAGUGGUGCUGAUCAUCCUCGCCAUCCUCCUGAUGUUCAUCUUCCGCUCCAGAAGGCAGGUGGAAAGGCAAAAGUCCAAAGUGGCUCAGUUGUACAAGUGGCAUGAAGAGGAUGGUGGGCCAGCCCCUGGGACCUUCCAGAACAUUGGCUUUGACAUCUGUGAAGAACAAGAGAACUAUAUCCGCCUUGACUCCAUCUAUAGUAACUUCCAGCCCACCCUGGGCCACAUAGACUCUGAAACAAAGAUCAGAAUUAAGAGGCCUCAGGUGAUCAUGACAUCGAUUUAA